CCGCUUCGCUAGGGUUUGCGCGCGCUGGUUUCCCGCCGCCUCCGCCCAAAAACGCCAACGACAGCCGACGCCUCCCCCCUCCCCCUCCUCACCCACGGCGGCGAGCGCGCGCGGCGCCGUCUCAGCAGCCACCGGGGCAAGCGACGGCCGCCGCGGGCGAGGUCUCGAUGUUAUCAUCAAAGCUACUCGGCGCGCGAGCCGGCAUCUCCACUCUAUGCACGACCGCCACACCAUUGUUGAGCACGCGUACCACCACAAUUUCUCGUUGGACAAGGCAUAAAUCUCUUGAGGCCAUCAACAAACUGAAGUCUUCCUGCUUCCAUCAAUCUCAAAUGAUGGCAGGUGUCACAAAUGGCAAUUCACACAGUGAUAUUCAGAGAAAAUAUCAAGUUGUGGUUGCUGCUACCCGUGAGAUGGGCAUUGGGAAGGACGGAGCAUUGCCAUGGAAGCUGCCUAGUGACCUUAAGUUUUUUAAGGAUCUCACAAUGGCUACAGCAGACCCAUCAAAGAAAAAUGCUGUUAUAAUGGGAAGGAAAACAUGGGAAAGCAUACCCACUAAGUUCAGGCCAUUGCCCGGUCGCUUGAAUGUUAUACUGACUCGUUCGGACAGUUCUGAUUAUGCAACUGUUGAAAAUGUUGUCACCUGUGGAAGCUUGGAUUCUUCCCUAGAACUACUAGCAUCAGCUCCCUACAGCUCAACAAUUGAGAAAGCCUUUCUAAUAGGGGGUGGCCAGGUACUGAGGGAAUUGCUAAAUGCAUCUGCAUGUGAGGCCAUCCAUCUUACUGACAUAGAGUCCACCAUUGAGUGUGAUACUUUCAUUCCUCCUAUUGAUCCAUUGGUCUUCCACCCAUGGUAUUCAUCUUCUCCAGUUGUGGAGAACAACAUUAGGCAUUCUUUCGCGACCUUUGUUCGCGUUAGAAAGUCGGCAGAAGAGGCUAAUGACUCAAAUCUCAGUGAAUUAACCAGCAAUGAUGCUAAGAAGAAAAAGUUUGAAAUUCAGAUUUUUUCAUUUCUACCAAAAAUGAUCUUCGAAAAGCAUGAUGAGUAUCAGUAUCUCAAUCUUGUUCAAGAUAUACUACGAAGUGGUGCUCGGAAAAAUGACAGAACAGGAACAGGAACAAUAUCAAAAUUUGGUUGUCAGAUGCGGUUUAACUUGAGGAAGAAUUUUCCAUUACUUACAACAAAGAGGGUGUUCUGGCGUGGUGUUCUUGAAGAACUGUUGUGGUUCAUCAGUGGCUCAACAAAUGCAAAGGUUUUACAGGAAAAAAAUAUUCGUAUAUGGGAUGGCAAUGCGUCAAGGGAGUAUCUUGACAGUAUUGGUCUAUCACAAAGAGAGGAGGGUGACUUGGGACCAGUUUAUGGAUUUCAGUGGAGACACUUCGGUGCUGAAUAUACUGACAUGCAUGCUGAUUACACGGGGAAAGGUUUUGAUCAGUUAGCUGAUGUCAUUAACAAGAUCAAGAAUAACCCUGACGAUAGGCGUAUCAUUAUGUCUGCAUGGAAUCCAACAGAUCUCAAGAAGAUGGCACUUCCACCUUGCCACAUGUUUGCACAGUUUUAUGUCGAGAAUGGAGAAUUAUCCUGUCAGAUGUAUCAACGUUCAGCUGACAUGGGGCUUGGUGUACCAUUCAACAUUGCAUCAUAUUCUCUUCUGACGUGUAUGAUUGCACAAGUUUGUGAUCUUUCUCCUGGAGAUUUUGUCCAUGUGAUGGGCGAUGCCCAUGUCUACAGCACGCACGUCCAAGCCUUGGAGGAACAACUUCAGAAGCAGCCCAAGCCAUUUCCUAUUCUGAAGAUAAACCCUCUGAAGAAGGAUAUAGACGCGUUCGUCGCGUCAGACUUUAAGCUGGUCUCCUACGACCCGCACCAGAAGAUAGAGAUGAAGAUGGCAGUAUAAACCAAGGAGUUAGUCAGCAUCCAGCAUUCGCACCAGCAUACGAUAUGUAUCGUUGAUGGCGAUGCCUUUAUUACACCAUGAUUCGUGACGGAAUCUCUAGGCAACCUUUUUCACUGAGCGAUCGAUGCCUUGGUGGAUCCCUGGCCAUGGCAUAAGCUGGCUGGCGAAUGUGUGCAAAAUAGUGGGAUCUUGGUUGCUACCAGUAGCGGCUAGCGAGUUGUUUAUUUCUCAUUUUGCA